UUCAAAUAUUUCAAAUGGUAUUUAUUAUAAAGUGGCAUCGUUUUAGGAUCAGGAAAACCAGCUGAUUGAUCUUAUGAACAUGAGAUACAAGAUUCAAUCAUUUUUUGAUUUCAAAUAUUUGCUCUUGCUUAUAUAUGAAUGUAACCUCUUAUAUGGCAAGUACAGCUGAGCUAUGUCCAGACAUGUGGUCAGUGUGCAGCCAAAGAACCGGGUCGAGGAGGCCGCAGAAUGGAGCACUGGACUGUGUGAGUGCUACAAAGACAUUGGAGACUGCUGUUUUGCCUGCUGCUGCCUCCCAGUGUUUACCUGUAAGGUGACCAGUGCAGUCGGUGUCUGUCCAUGUCUGCCUCUGCUGGACUGUAUCAGCUGCGUGCCUCCAGCCUCUCUGGCCAUGAGGGCGUCUGUCAGGGAACGAUACGGCAUAAAGGGAAGUGCGUGGAGCGACUGCCUGUACGGAUGCUGCUGUUAUACACUAUCUUGGCUUCAGAUCUCCAGGGAGCUGAAAAGAAGAGCAGCAUCCCACGCCGCCUCCUCUUCGUCUUCCACCUCCACAGCCAGAUACACUGCUCUGACCUCCCUGCAGGGGGCGCACUUGGUCUAGACGCAUCUGGGCCCUCUUCUUUCCCCGGUGGCAACCAGACCAGGAGAUUUCAUCACUCUUCCUUUGGCCUGCAGCCCCUCCCGGAUUACCUCGGAAGGGAUAUAAUGAGUCCUAGAGUC